AUAAUAAUUUGUUCCUAAUUGGCGAAGCCCAAAUGAAGAAUGAAUUGUACAGUCCAUCUUUCUAAUUCAGUAGGCAGUUUUAUUGAUCAAUAACACUAUGUGGGACAAAGAAAAAUCAGAACUUUUAUGCUAAAUUGUUAGUUCAGCACAUAGAAAGAAGGGAGUGGGAAGGGGUGGAUUGAAGUGAACUCUUGCUUGCAGAGUAGCUAACAUGGCUGGCCACGAAGGGGCAGCUUUAGAUUCUAAUAAGAGAUCAGGAAAGAUGGUUUUCGAGCCGAUUCUUGAGGAUGGAGUGUUCCGGUUUGACUGUUCAGCCGAUGAUAGGAACGCGGCCUUUCCCAGCUUCUCCUUUGAAAAUCCUGUAGUUAGAGAUACGCCAAUCUUGAAUGUCCCCAAAAUUCCAACCUACAUUCCCACUUUUGAAUGUGUAAUGGGGCAGCAAGUAGUUAAUGUUGAGUUUCCUCCAGGUACCUCUUUCUAUGGAACUGGAGAAGUUAGUGGGCCGCUUGAACGGACAGGGAAGAGGAUCUUCACUUGGAAUACCGAUGCUUGGGGAUAUGGUGCUGGGACGACUUCCUUGUAUCAAUCACACCCCUGGGUUCUGGUGGUGCUUCCAGAUGGAGAGGCGCUUGGAGUUCUUGCAGAUACAACACGACGUUGUGAGAUUGAUUUAGGGAAGGGAUCAAAUGUGAAGUUUGUUUCUCCGGCAUCUUAUCCUGUCAUCACGUUUGGUCCAUUUGCUUCGCCAACUGACGUUCUUGUGUCUUUCUCAAGAGCAGUUGGAACUGUUUUUAUGCCCCCUAAGUGGGCCUUGGGCUAUCAUCAGUGUCGCUGGAGUUAUGAUUCUGAUGAGCGAGUCCGUGAGAUUGCAAGGACAUUCCGGGAAAAAGGUAUUCCUUGUGAUGUGAUAUGGAUGGACAUAGAUUACAUGGAUGGUUUCCGUUGUUUCACGUUCAACCAGGAGCGAUUUCCAGAUCCAAAAUCUCUGGGAGAUUAUCUUCAUGAAAACGGGUUCAAAGCCAUCUGGAUGCUCGACCCAGGGAUAAAAAAAGAAAAGGGAUAUUUCGUCUAUGAUAGUGGUUCAGAGAGGGACAUCUGGGUUCAAACUGCAGAUGGCAAACCUUUUGCCGGAGAGGUGUGGCCCGGGGCUUGUGUUUUUCCAGAUUUUACACAAUCAAGAGCUCGUUCAUGGUGGACUGACCUAGUUAAAGACUUCAGUUCUAGCAGUGUGGAUGGUAUAUGGAAUGAUAUGAACGAACCAGCUGUUUUCAAGACUGUGACAAAGACGAUGCCUGAGACCAAUAUUCACAGGGGAGAUACAGAAUUUGGAGGAUGUCAGAACCAUUCAUACUAUCACAAUGUUUAUGGUAUGCUAAUGGCAAAAUCAACAUAUGAGGGAAUGCUGCUAGCAAAGGAGAAAAAGCGACCGUUCGUUCUUACUCGAGCAGGCUUUGUGGGUAGCCAAAGAUAUGCUGCAACAUGGACAGGCGAUAAUCUUUCUACUUGGGAGCACCUCCAUAUGAGUAUCCCCAUGGUUCUUCAAAUGGGGCUCAGUGGUCAGCCACUCUCUGGGCCAGACAUUGGGGGAUAUGCAGGUAAUGCAACACCUAAGCUGUUUGGAAGAUGGAUGGGCAUUGGCUCCAUGUUUCCUUUCUUUCGAGGGCAUUCUGAAACAGGCACGAAAGAUCACGAGCCCUGGUCUUUUGGACAAGAGUGUGAAGAAGUGUGCCGACUUGCAUUACAAAGGCGAUACCGGAUCUUACCCCUUCUAUAUACUUUAUUUUAUUUUGCUCAUACCAGGGGGACUCCUGUGGUAGCUCCAACAUUUUUUGCUGAUCCUAAAAAUUUGGAGUUAAGAUCUCAAGAAAAUUCAUUUAUGCUGGGACCCCUUCUCAUACAUGCAAGCACUGGAAAGGAUGAGGAGUUAUAUGGAACACCACACAAGUUGCCUAAAGGCAUCUGGCACAGUUUUGAUUUCGAAGAUUCUCAUCCAGAUUUACCAGCUUUGUACCUAAAAGGUGGAUCAAUUAUUCCUGUAGCUCUGCCCUCUCUACAUGUGGAUGGAGGUAGUCCCACAGAGGAUUUGUUGCUGCUUGUGGCUUUAGAUGAACAAGGUAAAGCUGAAGGGGUUCUAUAUGAAGAUGAUGGCGACGGAUAUGAAUUCAGUAAAGGAGGCUAUCUAUUGACAACGUAUGUUGCUGAACGGCUGUCUUCUGUAAUAACUGUAAAGGUUCUCAAAUCAGAAGGAUCUUGGGAGAGACCAAACCGCUGCUUGCAUGUGCAACUACUGCUUGGAAAAUGUACUAUGAUUGAUGCAUGGUGUACCGAUGGAGAUGUCCUACUAAUUGAAUUGCCUUCUGAAAGCGAAUUGUCAGAUUUAGUGUCGGCUGGUGAAAAGCAAUGGAAGAGUCGAAUAGAAAAUGCUACACGGAUCCCAGACUUAGAAGUUUCGGGACAGAAAGGAACUGAACUAUCAUAUGCACCCAUUGAAAUUAAAAGUGGGGAUUGGAUUCUGAAGGUUGUGCCAUGGGUUGGUGGGAGAAUUCUUUCUAUGGAGCAUCUCCCCUCAGGGACUCAGUGGCUGCACAGUCGGAUCGAUGUUGAUGGCUACGAAGAAUAUAGUGGUGUGGAGUACCGAUCUGCUGGAUGUUCGGAGGAGUAUUCUGUCAUUGAACGAGAUGUGCAGCAGGCCGGAGAAGAGGAGGCUCUGAUAUUAGAGGGUGAUAUCGGAGGUGGACUAGUUCUUGCUCGAAAGAUACAUAUCUCAAAAGAAAACCCGAAAGUUUUCAGGAUCGAUUCUGCCAUUGUAGCUCGCAAUGUUGGUGCUGGCUCCGGAGGAUUCUCAAGGCUCGUUUGCUUGCGAGUGCACCCCACUUUCAACCUGUUACACCCUACUGAAUCUUAUGUGUCGUUUACUGCCAUUAAUGGUUCCAAGCAUGAGGUGUGGCCCGAAUCUGGCGAUCAGUUUUUCGAAGGGGAUUCCCUCCCCGAUGGGGAAUGGAUGCUUGUGGAUAAAGGGCUCUCGUUGGCACUGGUGAACCGGUUCAGUACGAGUGAGGUGCGCAAAUGCCUCGUUCACUGGGGAACAGGGACUGUGAAUUUAGAGCUCUGGUCCGAAGAGAGGCCCGUCUCUAAGGAAACGCCACUUCAGAUAUCUCACGAGUAUCAAGUAACAGGACUGCUGUAAACUGCUCACAUAUAUGAGACCAGCAAACUGCGUGAUGGAUUGAGCAAACUGCUGUAAACUGCUCACGAGUAUCAUACAUGUAAGGUCCUUUUAUCGUUUCUAUUGUCGUGCUUCUUGUUGUUCUUACCAGUUCAAAUUCACAUUUGCUUGCAUUUGCUCACACGAAAAUUGAAGGCUUCUAUCCUUGUUUAGUGCAUUGAUCAAAUUAUCCAUGGAACGCAAAUUGCUUUUAUGAUUAAUCAAUAAUCACCAAGUUCUGACUAUUCAUCUCAAUAUUUUCAUAAUACAUUCUUGCACAACAUAAUCCCAAUAUGUAAUAAAAUCUUAUCUUAGUUAAUGAAAUUUGUCUGAACAUUGUUAUAUGCUUUUUUUUGUGUUAUCAAGAAAACUAUGUUUGCUUCUGGAAUUUCUUCAAGCAAUUUUGUUCCUGAAUCUGAUGCCCAAAUAAAGUAUCACUUUCAUGGUCAAAUUCCAAAUUAUUACAGUUAUUUCGUCUUAAGCAUUGAAAUUCUGCUGAUUCAUCAAUUUGUAUAUAUUUAGUUAAUAUAGAAAAAAAAGGUAGAGUAAUCCUUUGUUUUGUUUUUUUGCUUUCUGCCCUUUGCUACAGACAAGUAGGGGAAUUAAGGUUUGGUAAUAGUACUACUAAACUUGUUUAUUUGUGAUUUUACUCAUCCAAAUCUUGAUCCAACAGUAACUUUUUUUUCUCACCCGAAUCUCUCUCUCUCUCUCUGCUGACUUGACUUCCUAAACAUUUAUCUAUAUAUAUAAACUUCAUACAUGAAGUCUGCACAUUACCAAGUUUCACUCCACCACAUCAUCAAAUUCAAGAUAAACCUACUGUUUAUCUCUCUUGAUCCAUCAUGAACUCCGACAACGACGUUAGGCAGCCUUUCGAGAUGUCCAAAGGGCCAUCGCCCAUACUACCCCUCCUUCUCGUGGUGGGACUCGGCUUCCUCCUCCGAGGCAGCUCCUCCUCCCUCAGCCUCGACCUCCCCUUGGUCUCCGGUGGGGAGAAUGCCCUCUUCACAUGCUUCGUCUUCAUCCCAGUCCUCGUCCUCCUCGCAGUAUACUCCACGGCCCACACAAUCGUGCUGCCCCUCGCCCUGAUCCUCAUAACUUACACGGUGAGCACCAUGCUCCUCGGCCCCCUCAUGCUCAUACUCAUCAUAUACCUAGCCGGGGCUUAUCUGACCUCUGUCAAGUGCAACGGGGAGGAGCUCGGGUGGGGCUGCAUCCUCGUGCUCGGCUUCUUCCUGCUGCACUGGGUGCUAUCGCAAGAGAGCCGCCAGUCGGGGGCCCUCGUGGUCGCCAUAAUGGCCUUCCUCUGCUACCACUGCUUCCCUUAGGCAUCAUAUAUCUAUAAAUAUGUAUUUUUUUUUCGAAAUACUUGAAAUAUGUAGUGUUAUUAGUGUGUUUAACAUAAUCCUUGCAGAAUUACUGCAGUUGUGCGCUGAGUGAAACUCAUUUUCAUGUGACAAUUGCAAUAAAGGGUUCAAAUUAUUUGAUAA